GCGCCGGGGGCGGAGCUGCGCGAGAAACUGCGCAGUUUUGGCGCGCGGGCGGAGGCCGGAGGUCGCGGAGCUGUACAGGUGGCUCGCGGCGCGUGGCCCGCCCCGGCGGCGGCGGCCUUCAGGUCCGGCUGGGUGCGCUCGCCGGAGCUCUCCGCCCCCCACCUCUCGGGGGUGCGUGGGCGGCUCCGCCGCCCGACGCGCGGGCUCCGACCCGGGCGCCUCGCGCCGAAGCGCGCGGGGCGCCACGGGCUGCGCGGGCCACGGCGCGGGCAGCGACGCGGGCAGCGACGCGGGCGACAGCGUCGCCUCGGGCGCGGCCGCCUCGUCGCGAAGCGGCUUCUCGGAGGCCUCGCUGCAGCGCUGGGGCGGGAGCGGCAGCCAUCCCUGCCUCGCGGACGCCGGUGCGAGGCACGCGGGCUGGCUCGCCAAGCGGACGUCGGCCAAGGUCGGCGCCCGGUGGCUCCCCCGCUACUUUGCGCUCGACGGCCUGUUCCUGCGCUACGCCGCCGAGCAGGGCGGCCCGUGGAGCAAGACGCUCUUCGUCGGCCACACUCCCGGGUGGGCCUCUCCGCCGGCGACCCCUGCGAGAUCGAGCUGGAGCUGGCCUCCCGGGUCUGGCGCCUGCGCGCCGAGGACCCGAGCGCCGCGCGCCAGUGGCUGGUGCUGCUGCAGGCGGCGCGGCUGCUGGGCUCGCGCGCGCCGGCCGGCGAGGGCGGCGCGGAGGGCGCCGCCCCGAGCGGCUCCGGCACGCCGCGCUCGCCGGGCACGCCCAGCUUCGGCGGCGCGGGGCAUGCCGCGGGCGGGCGCGUCUCGGUCCCGGAAGUGGACCAGGAGGCAGCGGCCGCGGCUGCCCACAGGCUCUCGCGGGCCGCGGGGGCGCUGGCCCCGCGGCUCGCGUCGCGGCCCCCGCGCGCGGGCGCGCGGGCGCUCGGGGAGCAGCUCGGCCCCGGGCUGGACGCGGCCCUCGACGCUCUCUGGCAGCGCCUGGCGGCACUCGCCGCGCCGCCAGGGGCGCCAGGGUCUCGGGGCCAAGCGCUGCGGCAGCGACCCUCUGCAGCCUGCCGCCGCCGGCGCCGGAUGCUGUGGACCGCUCGCUGGGCGAGUACGUGCGGCGUCUGCUCGAGAACGUGGCCCGCUGGGUCGAGGCAGCCGACCCCUGCGCCGACACGGUCCUGA